AUGGAUACCCCAGCACAAUCUUCCGUUCCGGCGAGCGGGCAGGCUUCAAUUUACUCCAUCGAGCGACCCUUAACGAAUACUAUUGAUAACUCUGAAAAAGCCGCUGGUGAUGACAGCCAUGCAACGAUACCAUCUCGAGUACAUGGAUGGAAAUGGUUCCUUGUCUGCUGUGUGCUCUAUUCCUCAGCCUUUUUAUACGGACUUGAUACAACAAUUGUGGCCGAUGUCCAGGUGCCCAUUGUGGAAAGAUUUGGGUCUGUGGACAAGCUUAGCUGGCUGGGAACCGGUUUCCCUCUAGGAUCAGUCGCAACUAUCCUUCCAAUUGGCGCUCUUUAUAACAUAUUUGAUAUCAAAUAUGUAUACAUAAUCUCACUCGCUUUGUUUGAAGGUGGGAGUGCUCUUUGUGGAGGUGCCCCGAAUAUGAACUCGUUAAUAGUAGGCCGAGUGAUGGCUGGGAUCGGCGGGUGUGGAAUGUACCUUGGGGUUCUCAACUACAUUGCAAUUUUUACCACUCUUCGAAGACGGCCUGUAUACAUGGGAUUGACUGGAAUUGUCUGGGGAGCGGGAGCUAUACUUGGCCCUGUGAUUGGAGGCUCCUUUGCAGACAGCCCCGCGACAUGGAGAUGGGCAUUCUAUAUCAACCUAGUUCUUGCUGCCAUCACACUACCAGCACUUUUCCUGCUCGUUCCAAGACAUAAUUCAUCUCCAGAAGGCUCUGUGUUCUCGAAGUUUAGGGAACUUGAUAUCAUAGGAAUGAUUCUUAACGGCGGAGUGUACUUCCUUUGGGUCAUGGUUCUUACAUUUGCCGGAGUAACAUGGAAGUGGAACGAUGGACGCAUAAUUGCCUUAUUCGUGCUUUUUGGAGUCACGCUUAUUGCAUUUAUUCUCCAACAAUACUUCGCAGUUUUCACCACGCCAGCCCGCCGAGCGUUCCCUGGAACCUUCCUCAAGAGAAGGUCAUUGAUAAUCCUUUACAUCAGCACCUGCUGCUCUAACUCGGCAUUUUUCGUCGGUGCCUACUAUAUCCCACUAUUUUUCCAGUUCACUCGUGGAGAUAGCGCAAUUGCUGCCGCCGUUCGCCUCCUACCAUUUGUCAUGGUCACAAUAACGGUGAUUAUGUCGAGCGGAGCCUUAAUGCCAGUUUUCGGUUAUUACAUGCCGUGGUACUUCAUUAGUGGAGUAUUCUUGGUUGCCGGAUCAUCCCUUAUGUAUACUGUUGAUGCCCAGACACCCACCGCAAACAUAUACGGGUAUUCUGUUCUUCUUGCCAUCGGAGCCGGAGCAAUAGCACAGGCCGCUUACAGCGUUGCUGCAGCGAAGGUUAAAGGGGUUGAAGUUAACCAAGCGGUUACCUUUAUAAACCUUGCUCAGCUUGGGGCAACGGUGUUGUGCCUCGCUAUCUCUGGCACGAUAUUCCAGAAUUUAGCCCUAAGAAACCUUGAAACUGCCCUCGCUCAAUAUGGCGACUACUCGAGGGAACAGCUUAUUUCCGCAAUUGCUGGAGCAAAGAGUGACAUUCUCAUCCAUGGAACACCUGAAGUAAAAGAGGCUGCAAUCAGUGCCAUUGUCUCUGCGAUGAAGAAUGUUUAUGUAUCGCUUAUUGGUGCUGGGGGCGUGGUAUUAACCACCUCCUUCUUCCUUAAGAGGGAGAAGCUGUUUAUGAAAAUGGAGGCCGUUGGGUAA